AUGGCGAGUUCUUUGCCGAGGAUGCGAUGGACUGCACGCAUGGCGUUGUAUCACAGACCUAACCCUGAUUCGAACCAAAGUACUGCAGUUACAUGCGACGCAACGUUCGAUCGCAAGAGGGAGAUGAUGGACAUGCAUAACCUCGGCCGCCCUUCCGGCUCGAUGAACGCCACGCUGCUGAACCAAACCGUCUCCGACUUCACUCAGUUCACGCUGACCGCCGAGGAGAUGAUGUCGAAAAAACGUAAGCAUUCUCGAGGUCGUCGUCGCUGCCACGCGCAGAUGGGUGCUGCCUCUGCUGAGAAAAACUCUCCUCUGAGUCUUCUGACCGUCGCCGUCGCCGUCGCCAUCGUCGCCGCCACCCCGUUCUUGCGUCCAUUGUCCACUGGCCAUAUUCGGUCGGUCCGAAACGCACCGCUCGUUCGGCUGCUAAUUGCAGGAUGCGAAAAGCGUUUAUAUGCUGACAGAUGGACGACGUGCCAAAGCCGAAAUUACAACGGCUUUUUUCCAACUUCAGCCCGGUCGCAGGGUGACGAUGACCGACAGCGAACGGCCAUUAUGGCCGCCGAUUUAUUCGACCAGGUCCGGCAUGGACUCGGCGCGUCCAAACAGAGGUGCAAUGGACUACGACGGUAA